AGAGGCGAGUGGCUUUUAUUCUCCCAAACUCGUCUCGCCGGUCAGGUGGAUGGAUGAUGUCGUGCGCGCGCCGCGGGAUUAGAGCAGUGCCGCGUCAGAGGCGGAUGAGGAAGGACAAGGGCCGGCUGGAUGGAAUGAGCGGCGGAGGGAUCUGUGUUCGUGCGCUCAGGCCAUCCGCUCUUCCGCCCAGUUUUCCGAUGUGAUUCGUCUGCGCUGAAAAUGGAGUUCGCGUAAAGCAGAUCCCCCUAACUUCCCAGGAAGAAUUCCCAUCGCUCGGCGCGUUCUUCUGACGCAUUCUGCCCCGAUCUUAGACUCUGGUUCCCGAGGAGCGGACAGCAGCGGGCUCUUCGUCCAAAUCGCUGCAUUUCUUCCGAGUGAAGUUGUCGCCUGAUCGGCUCGUGUGGAUUUUCCAAACUCGCUUUCGCUGGGAUUUUGGGAUUUCUGUGGGAUGAGGAUGAGGAAGGCGCCGAUGGUUUCCCCUCUGCGUGUGCUCUAUCGGUCAGACGGGUCGAAGUGUCUCUCUCGCUGCUUCCACACUCCCUUCCCGUUCUGAAUCCAGGGCUCUUCUCGUGCAGCAUGCUCGCCUGCAGAGCGCCUCGCUUCUCCUCAAUCAUGGCCUUUCAGGGUGCUUUCACCGAGAACACGGACAUAUCUGCGCUUUAUUUCCCCGCCGUGAGUGCGAGCUCGAUCAUAUUUUCAGGAUUUGGAUCCCCGUGAGAAAAAAUGAGCGAAGAAUCAAAUCCAAACAGCGAUGAGAGUUAUGCGUGUGUGAGAGCGGUGGUCAUGGGUCGUGAUGACUCCAGCGGCGGCUGGCUUCCUCUGGGUCCUGGAGGGCUCAGCUGCGUCACCGUACACAAGGUCAGCCGGACGGAGGCCGACGGCAGCAGCGGAGCGGAUUUCCUCAUCCACGGAGAGCGGCUCAGAGACAAAACGGUGCUGCUGGACUGCGUCAUCCGGAGGGAUCUGGUGUAUAAUAAAGUCAAUCCCAUCUUCCACCACUGGAGGAUCGGCAGCAUGAAGUUCGGCCUGACCUUCCAGAGCCCAGCGGACGCCAGGGCCUUCGACCGCGGGAUCCGGAGAGCGCUGGAGGACAUCAAACAAGGUGGCGCACUGUACAGCGACACGGACGCUCCUGAAGACGUCUCAUCACAGGAGACCGUGUCUGUCGGUACACCAGUGAGAGACGUCUUCUGUUCUCAUGGUGUUGUGUCCACUGAACCCUUCCGCAGCUCUUACAUACGAGCGCAGCCCUUCGACGAGGCUCUUACUGCCAGCCAGCGGUUCCUGCCUCCACAGGUUUCCUUCAACAGCAGGCGGCACGUGAGCUUUCACAUGGACGAGGAGGAGAUCGUGCGCAUCAACCCACGCAAGGACGUCCUCAUCCGAGGCUACGAGGACUACCGGCACCCGGUGCUGUGGAAGCAGGACCCGGAGCACGAGGAGCCCGACGCCUCCGCCGCCUUCUCCAAGCUGGAGGGUAAGAAGUGUGAGUUCCUGUACGGCGAGGACCCGGAGCGGCACACCGGCGGCAAGGACCCCGUCAAGACGCAGCAGCCGCCGGCCCUCGGCAAGUGCAAGGCGUCCCGCAGGCGGAGAGAGGACGGAGAGCGCUCGCGCUGCAUCUACUGCCGAGAGAUGUUCAACCACGAGGACAACCGGCGCGGCCAGUGCCAGGACGCACCCGACCCCAUCAAGCAGUGCAUCUACAAGGUGAGCUGCAUGCUGUGUGCCGAGAGCAUGCUGUACCACUGCAUGUCCGACUCGGAGGGAGACUUCUCGGACCCGUGCUCCUGCGACGCCAGCGAGGAGCAGUUCUGUGUGCGCUGGCUGGCGCUGCUGGGGCUGUCUCUGCUGGCGCCCUGCAUGUGCUGCUAUCCACCGCUGCGCGCCUGCCACCGCUGCGGAGAGGCCUGCCGCUGCUGCGGAGGAAAGCACAAGGCCGCGGGCUGAGCGCUGUGUUCUGUGGCCCGAGACGGGCGAAGCGUCACUCACCGCUCGACUGGAGCUUGUGGAGAGAGCGGCCGAGCGCGGAGGAGCUCCUGACGUGAGGAGGAACGUCCUGGAAGCACGGACACCUGGAGGAAGCGCACGUCCACAGCAACACGUCGCAUCUAACUAUGUGAAGAAAUAAUAAUCCUAUCGUGUCUUGUACAGAGAUCUAACAAAGGGAUUCCCGCUCUUGGCUUUUUCGUGCAGUUAUUAACCGUGGCCUUUUCUUUUCGACGCUAUCAGUACUAGGCGGAGAAAGCUCUUGUUUUGCUCCCGCAUCGUGUUUCCUGAAGCAGAGCGCUGAUGUUUUCAAUCGAACAGGCACUUAUUAUAAUCCCACAAGCGCUUCGUCUACAGAAGCUGCUUUCAGACGGUUUAAACGCUGAAGAACAUCCGACACGGAGGACGUCAUUCUCAUGGUGGAAUAUAAGUGUUUAUUUUACAUGCAUGUUUAAAGCUGAUGCCGAAUCUUGUUUUGACUAAUAAUCAGAUGUUUUGUGCAAAGAUGAUCUGUCGGUGUUGUGGGAAAGAACGACGGUUUACUUUCUAUGCAAGUAUGUCCACGAGACGCUCGGCUGUACAUAUCAACACUAUCCCGCAGUGACCGUACGCAUCGUGGUUUGGUUUCACAGCAUCAUGUACAUAAGUCACAUCUUAAUAUUGUUUCACAUUGAAAAGUAGUGGAGACGACGGAGGUUUUAAUGGAGAUUCUCUCUAGUUUUGUAUCGCAGAACGACGGACAGUAAAUAAUGCUCCGAACAAACGUUUUUGAAGCUCGUCUUAUGAAGCUGCUGGAAACAAUCACUAACCGCAUCGCAAGAUUUAAUCGGAUGACUGUUAACCGUGAUCUAGUUCUCCAGUAUGGUUUAACCCUCGCCGCUCUUUUGUGUUGCUUCUUCUGGUGAUCGCUGGCGUCUGUGGAGAACGGCUGAUUUCUGCGGCUCCUCGAGGAUUAUGCAACGCUUUCGCGCGCGUCACGUUGUGUUCAUGUGACUACCAGUUUAAUCAGGUGCUGCUAUUGUUAAUUUUUAUUGGUGUUCUUCUCUAUUCCUGGAAGUAUGGACCGCUUCUCCAGUGGUUGGCUCUUUCGUGGUGUAGUCGUGUGCUGGUGUUCUGCAGUACAGCGGUGUUUCUGAGCCUGUGAACUCGUUUAGUUUUAGUGCCAUCGGCUUCAUUCUCCUCCGUCUGAAGAAGUGCCUCGCUCCGCUUCUCUCGCUUUAUAUCUAUGAAUAGCUAUUUCUAUUAUGGCUUGAAAAUACUAAAUAUAUGAUGUAAUAUUUAUAGUUCAGUAACUCAUGUCAUAGAUGUAUUUUCUGUAUACAGAUGUAGCUUGUUACUUUCAUAAAUAUACAGUGUAAAUAUGCAUACAGAACUGUUUUUAUGUUACAGCAUACACUUAUUACAUCAGUUAACAUUACCAUGAAAAUAAAGAGUUUAAAAUA